GUAUGCAUACGUAGACGCCAGUAAAUGCCUUGUUCUAAAUGCCCUCAGGUAAGAGCACCUAUCUUCACCAAAUUUGUCGGCUCACUAUCAUGGCAAUGAGCGGGCGCUUCGUACACGCGGAAUACUUUUCGAACGAUGACGAGUUGGAGAAGAUCCUGAGCACGUUCGCACUUUGUAAGACUAGUUACAACGAUUUCCAUAGUACCGAUGGACGAGCUCGGGCGCGGAACGUCGCCCGAAGAGGUACUGGGAUUUGCAUGCCAUCGCGGUGCACCUAAUCGAGCUGAAGGUGAGCUAUGUCGG